CCAUCAUGAUCAUUCCUGUUUACUUUUUCACGUGUGGCAAGAUCGUCAAUAACAAGUGGGAGGCCUACCUGGGGCUGCUGCAGGCCUAGUACACCAAGGGAGAAGCCCUGGAUGUGUUGGGCCUGAAGCGCUACUGCUGCCACCGCAGGCUGCUGACCAACUUGGACCUGAUCGAGAAGCUGCUCAACUACGUACCCCUAGAGAAGUGACCAUGCAGCUGACGCACAGUGUUUUGCCCAGAGACCUUCCCCAGGUGGGGAGCUGGAGGCCUGCCUGCCCACAGCCCUGUCCACAUGUCUCCCUCUCUGGAAAGAAUCAUCCAAUAAAUGCUU